GUACUUGUAAAACCAUUAAUUGUUUUAAUUAAUGCUCUAAAGUGAAAACGUGUUUAUGCACAAAAUGAAUCAAAUGCAACCGGCCAUGAGCCAAACCAUCAAUGUGGAGCAGUUGCAUAUCGCUCUAAACUCUUUAAGAACUUUACGCUCGAGUGUUAGCAACGUCUUUGAGACUCUUUCUAAUGGAUUACGAGCUGAUCACGGGGAAGAUGGCAAGGACAAAUUCCUCUUAGAACUCCAAGAACUUCUCAACAAUGUGAACGUAAACCUACGUGACUUGGAACAGACGGUAAAUACCAUACCGAUUCCCACAGCCCCGUUCAACCUCGGCAACACGACUUACCUCAGCCAAGAGACUACACAAGACCGCCAAGCGUUGUACACGCAACUAGUCAACAGCUACAAAUGGACAGACAAGAUUCACGAAUACAGCUCAUUUGCCCAUACGUUAUUGAGCCAGAAUUCCCUUAAACGUUCAUAUAUAAACUCAGGAAGCGGCAAAAGACGCGGGAAACUUCAAAGCAAUCAUAAUGUGGCACCAUUACAAGUUGAUAAUGUGAUAAAUAACAUUGACCGGUCAUAUAAUGACAUGAAAAUAACCAUUUCACGUCCGUUUGCGAGUAAUGCUAUUGUCCACAUCAAUUUAAGCCAUGUUUUAAAAGCUGUAGUUGCAUUUAAGGGGUUAUUAAUGGAUUGGGUGAUGGUUAAAGGAUAUGGAGAAACCUUAGACCUCUGGAGCGAGUCUAGACAUCAUGUAUUUAGAAAAGUAACUGAAAAUGCACACGCAGCGAUGUUGCAUUUUUACUCACCAACAUUACCAGAAUUAGCGGUACGGUCUUUUAUGACCUGGUUGCACAGCUAUGUGAAUCUUUUUAGUGAGCCAUGCAAAAGGUGCAGCUGCCAUCUUCAUCACACGUCUCUCCUGCCCCCUGCCUGGCGCGAUUUUCGGACAUUAGAACCCUUCCACGAUGAAUGCAAGCAAUAGUCUCCUAAUGGUUAUUUAAUGGGCAAGAGUAGACUUACUGUUCAUUCUUUCUUCUACAAUAUAGGUGAUGUGUUUAGAGACUUGUGUAAUUUAUCUAAAAUUUAUUAUUAGGUGCAUUUUGUAAUGUGAGAGACCUGAAUGUAUUAUUGUAAUUUUAAUUUCUUAUUUGUUCCAUUUAUUUAACAAAAUUAGUAGUGACAUGGGUAACUAGGUCAUUCAACUUGUUUGUGUAUUACCAUGAAAGCUUAUAACUAUUAUUUCUUCUAUGAAAGCUUAGUCAGUAUAUUAUAGUUUAGGCUCAAUUUGUAUUGCAGCAGAAUUCUCAUGCAUUCCGCAGAAGAUUUUAGCUCGUAUCUAGUUUGUACAUUACACAAUUGACCAUAAAGUUCUUUGCUUUCAUUCCAUCGCAAUAUAAAUUAAGCCUUAUUGAAAGACUUAAAAAUAUUUUGUACAGUCAAUCAAGCUGUACACUUUUUGUAGUAUUGCCUCUAGUGCAAUGGAACAAGAUCUGUUAAUAUACAGUGUUUUUUUAAAUGGGAUAGAUUGGGGAAAUCCAAACCAUAGGAGAUACAAGGAAACUGUGUUAGGAACUAUUAAGUCUUUUUCAUUAACAACAAGUUUUUUAGUCAAGGGUGAGUUGUCCAU